GACACAUUUCGGUCAUAUUUAUUUGCGCAUUUGGGAUUCCCAGUCAACACAACAACCAAUCCAACCCCUGGCGAUCUGCGAAACCGGAAUGGCCUCACAAAAGCUCAACGUCCUAGUGUACACAGGCACCGGAUCGACGCUAGAAUCUGUCCGGCACUGCAUUUACUCGCUGCGGCGAGUAUUGGGUCCUAAUUAUGCCGUGAACCCCAUCACGGAGUCGUCCUUGCUCAAGGAGCCUUGGGCUCCCACAUGUUCGCUCCUAGUCUUCCCUGGUGGUGCUGAUCUUGGCUAUUGCCGCGCUCUUAAUGGUACCGGCAACCGCCGCAUCACUCAGUUUAUCCGCGGAGGAGGAGCCUACCUGGGAUUCUGUGCCGGUGGAUACUAUGGCAGUCGCCGCUGCGAGUUCGAGGUCGGAAAUCCUGAGAUGGAAGUCGUUGGCAGCCGAGAGUUGGCUUUCUUUCCGGGGACCUGCCGCGGUGGCGCGUUUAAGGGAUUCCGCUACCACAGUGAGAACGGCGCAAAGGCUGCCAGCAUCUCCGUGGCCCAGGCAGCCUUCCCCAAGUCACCUGCGCUUCCUGAUACGUUCAGGUGUUACUAUAACGGCGGCGGAGUAUUCGUGGAUGCCGACAAGCUCGCGGCCGCCUCUGGCGAUAUCCAAGUGCUUGCUGAAUAUGUCGAAGAUAUUGCAGUCGAAUCCGGUACCGCCAAAGCCGCGAUAGUGUACUGUAAAGUUGGCAACGGCACCGCGAUCCUCACGGGGCCCCAUCCCGAAUUUGACGCUGUCAACCUCAGCCAUCAAUCUGACGUCCCUGGAUAUGACGGUCUCAUUGAUGCCUUGAAGGCGGAUGAAGAAUCCAGAACGUCCUUCUUGAAGGCCUGCCUCACAAAGCUCGGUCUGGAGGUCAGCCUAGAAGUAUGCCCCGUGCCGGGUUUGUCCAAGUUACAUCUCUCUGCGCUUCAUCCCACCGAAGUCGGGGAGAUUCUAUGCUCGCUUGACGAGAUCAUCACCAAAGAAAACGGCGAGGACUACAUCAAGGGCUACAACGACCUCUUCCACCUUGAGAAGCCGGAUUCAAGGUGGUCGAUGGCGGCCCUGAGUGAAGCUCUGUCCAGCGAAUUCGAGGCAUCGAAGAAAGGCACUGGCCGCGAAUCUCCCGAUCCCACCGCCGACUACAGCAGAAUUGUCAAGCGCAUUGUUUCCCAUGAGGAUGCGUGGCCGGAUCCUAAGGAGACUCCGUACUUUAACCACGCCGUGCUCUACUCGAGUCUUCGGGAGUUCAGAGCGAGGGAGCCGGAAGCGGAAUCAUGGGGCAACGUGUUGAUGUAUGGCGAGGUCGUCACCAGCACCAACACUCUGCUCGAGAAAAACUACAAUUUCCUCUCCAAGCUGCCCACAGGCUUCACCCUCGCCGCAACAACGCAGGUCGCUGGCCGUGGUCGAGGCGCAAACACCUGGGUAGCGCCCCCAGGUCAGCUCAUCAUGUCGACUGUCAUCAACCAUCCUGCACAUUUCGCGGCAUCGCGGCCCAUCGUCUUCAUCCAGUACCUCGCCGCUCUGGCCAUUGUCGAGGCAGUGAAGUCGUACGACGAAGGCUACUCGGAUAUGCCCAUCAAGAUCAAGUGGCCCAACGAUGUCUACGUGAGGGAUCCCAAGAAGCCGAACGAGGUCUCGUACGUGAAAGUCGCCGGCAUCCUGGCAAACUGCGCCUACUCGUCGGGGAACUAUCAGGUGGUCCUCGGCAUUGGCAUCAACACGAACAACGGCCGGCCAACUACCAGCCUGGACGCCGUGCUGCCGCUGAUCGGCCGCAGUAGAAGGCUGGAACCGUUCCGCAUCGAACGGCUGCUCGCCCGCAUCCUGACCCGUCUCGAAGUCCUAUACGCCGAGUUCUGCCGCAACGGGUUCUCGCGAGAGCUCGAGGGCAAGUACUACCAGCACUGGCUGCACACCAACCAGAUCGUGACGCUGGAGGCUGAGGGCGGCGUCAAGGCGCGAGUCGUGGGCAUUACCAGGGACUGGGGCAUGCUGAUGGCGCAAGAGGUGCUCGACGACGGAAUCAAUGGCGCACUGAGGGCGACUGGGAAGGUGUGGGCGCUGCAGAGCGACGAGAACAGCUUUGACUUUUGGAAGGGGCUUGUCAAGAGGAAAGUCUGAGACUUGCUGCGCUGUACUUGACCUAAAGUAUGAAGCGUCGAGGUGCGACUCGUGCUGUAAGGAUUAGCAACGUAACAAAGGGGAUUUAUGC